AUCGAGUGAGGGCAGGCGAUUGAGAGGGUUAUGUUCGCUGUCAUUUGCUUCCUUUUGUGUUUUUAAACUUAAGCACGGAUCUGCGUUCAAUAGAGCAGCUUCCUCGUCUCUGUAAUUUUAAUCGAUAGAGGUCUAUAUCUAUUUAAAGCAAUCGAUUUACUAUUUUUAUUCCCACUACAUUUCUAUUUAAAUUAACCUCCAGAAGACAAAAUGAAAACCAAGUUCAUGAACGGCGUCUCCACAUCCCCCUCCUUGACUCUGGGCCUACUGGUAGACACGGGCGAGCUUCAAGUUCAGCCCGAUCCGCAGCCUGAAUGCAAAGACGUGAUCCGAGCCGAGGAGCCCGACGAGCAGACUCGACGCAAGGCGUACCUCUGGUGCAAGGAAUUCCUGCAUGGCGCGUGGAAGAAGAUCAACGUAGACGAAUUUCACAUCAGCAUCAUAAGAGGAGGGCUAAGCAACAUGUUGUUCCUCUGCUCCCUGCCAGACACUGUGGACAGCGCCGGGGACGAGCCCAGGAAUGUGCUGCUCCGUCUGUAUGGGGCCAUCCUGCAGAUGUCUUGUAAUAAAGGGGACUCCAGACAGGCUGAAAAAGAGAACGACUUUCAGGGCGCUGAAGCGAUGGUGCUGGAGAGCGUCAUGUUUGCUAUCCUGGCCGAGAGGGCUUUAGGCCCAAAGCUCUAUGGAAUCUUCCCACAAGGUCGCCUUGAGCAGUUCAUUCCGAGCCGCAAGUUGGACACGGAUGAGCUGAGCCUUCCCGACAUGUCAGCAGAGAUAGCAGAGAAGAUGGCCAGAUUCCAUGAAAUGAGAAUGCCGUUUAACAAGGAACCCAAGUGGCUGUUUGGAACAAUGGAGAAGUACCUGAACCAAGCGAUGAGGCUGAGCUUCACGAGGGAGUCGCACGUUCGAAAAUUUAAUCGGCUUCUCAACUACAACUUACCGCAGGAACUGAAAACUCUCAAAGCUUUGCUCGAGAUGACCCCGUCUCCGGUGGUAUUCUGCCAUAACGACUGCCAGGAAGGUAAUGUUUUACUGUUGAAGGGCCGAGAGGAAUCCGAAAAGCAGAAACUCAUGCUGAUCGACUUUGAGUACAGCAGCUACAAUUACAGAGGCUUUGAUAUUGGAAACCAUUUCUGUGAAUGGAUGUAUGACUACACCUACGACAAGUUCCCAUUCUUCAAAGCCAGUUUAAGGAGCUAUCCCACAAAAGCUCAACAGCUUCAUUUCUUUACAAGCUACCUGGCAGAAUCUGAUGAGGGUUUUCUGCAUUUAAGCAAAGACGAUCAGAUUAAAAUAAAGGAGGAGAUGUUGCUAGAAGUCAACAGGUUUGCCCUGGCAUCUCAUUUCUUUUGGGGACUGUGGUCCAUCAUACAGGCCAGAAUCUCCUCCAUUGAGUUUGGAUAUAUGGACUAUGCCCUGGCGAGAUUCAAUGCCUAUUUUGAGCAGAAGAGGAGGCUGGGUGUGUGAAGAGCAACGACAGAAAUGCCGCGCUGGGCCAGUGGAGUUUCCAUUGUGCUUUGGGGGGUGGUGAGGGUGGCGGGGUGGCAUUUGCAUCAACUGUGAAGAGAAGCUCAAGAGAGUCGUCGUCGGACCCCAUGAGCCAAAGCCUGGCUUUCGCUUAUCAAUAGGAGUAAAGUUUACCGAGCGUCCACACUACCUGAACACCUUGGUGGGGUCCAAGUCCUGAACGCUGCCUGGCACACCUGAUGCUCUGCUUUCCAGUUUUAGCCUAAGUGGGGUCACCCGGGAUGAGAGACUUGUGUCAAGCGCAGCCCUCUUGUAUCAUGUGGGGUCUCUUGGCGUGAUGGCCAUUCGUUUGUCACAGACGAGGCCGGCCACCGCACUCCUUGCCACCUUGGCAUUUCCUUCUCGAGGCUUAGGAGAAUCGGAGAAGUCUGUAAAAUGAACAUCUUUAGGGUCACUGGAUAAGCUGAUUUUACGCACUUAGCGCGUCAUACUUUUUAGAAUGGCAAUCAUUUUAUUUGUCGCAUCAAAGUAUGGGGACUCUUGCACACUUGUCUUUGUAAUUUUUGAAAUGCUGUGAAUUUGAGGGGUACUGUCCUCUAAAGUACAACUGGCAUGCUGGGCACCCUGAGCUUUUAAGGUGGGCACUGCCCUGUUCUUUAAAAGUGUCCUGGAUUCAGCAAUCAAUGCACAACUCUGCGGUUUUUAUGCCAACCUUCUAGUUCUUCAUAGUUGCUUGGCAACAGCUGGGCAAUGCAAAUGACCCCCUACCCUUAAUUUCCAUAUUAUGCUUAAAAUACGUGCCGCUCCCUCGCCGGUUUUGAAUGGCUGCCUGGGUAGGGCGUCCCGUAUGUCGUAGGCUUUUAGAAAAACACAAAUUAGCUGCUUAUUUGUUUACGUGGAUUUUUCGUUUUCAACUAAUUCUGCAAAAGUUGACGGGUGGCAGGACGCACCGGACAUACCGUGACACGCAAUGCCAGCCGGGACGGAGUGAAGUCACAUGAGCGUCCACGUCAGCGUCUUUCUUAUUUCCAGGGUCACUUGGGAAUCUGAACGGAUAGAAUCUCUGAUCAUGUGGAGGAAAAAGAACGACAUCGGUCUCUCAUUGUAUGAAUGUGCUUGGAUUUUAUUUUUCGACGAAAGCAAUCACUGUUUUUAGAGGGUCACACUAUAAUUAAGGCGGUUCGAAAGGUCCAUCUUUUUUCUUUUUCUUUUUUUUGAAAUAAGAUAUUUUGUGUUUCUGUUUAAAUAAACACUUGUUUAACUAAA